AUGCAUGCACUUUGGUCAUGUGUUUCAGUCCAAGAUGUCUGGAGCUUGUGCUCACGGAAGCUGCAAAAAGGUGUGGUUAGAGAUUAUGAUUUUAAGGAGCUUUGGAGCCAUAUGAUUUCUGCACUGGAUAGCAAGGAGCAAGCUGAAUUUGCAGCCAUAGUAUACCAAAUUUGGAAGAGAAGGAACAACUUCAUUUUUGAAAACAAAUUCUGGGAGCCAGGGAAGGUAGUCGAGGCUGCAACUCAGGCUGUUUUUUAUUACAGUGAGGCUAAUGAAAAAGUUGUUGCAGUUCAGGAUCGACCAACUCUCAGUGUUCCUAGUUGGAGUGCACCACUGGUAAAUGUUUUUAAAGCCAAUUGGGAUCCUGCAAUUGAUAAAGUUAAGUGCAAAAUUGGUGUUGGUGUUGUGAUCAGAAAUUGGGAGGCCAGUGUGGUGGCGUCCUUAAGAUCACCAAAAGACUUCUUUCUGAUCCUCAUUUAG